GGUCGCUCUGCUUCGACUGUCAACAACUGCCUGCUCGACAGGCAUACACGCAUUCAUUCAACUUCGCCUGUGUUUUGUGAUAUACCAUCAUGGCAUCAUCUCCUUUAAGACCCAUAGAAUCCAAAGCAUCACGCUGGGAACCAACGCUCGAUCCUAAUGACAUCGUUAUUCCUGGUCUGGAUUCCACCGCCCCUGUGAACGACCAGAUAGAGCAGAUAGAACAACUCAUAACGAUCAAAUUGCAGAAUAUAGAUGCAAACUUCUCAAAGAUACAACAGAUCAUGGCGAAUCGUAUUUUGCCUGCUGUAAAGCGGUAUGCUGUUGGUACCGAACCUGUCAGAGAGGCUGCCAAGUUUUGGACUACGUUCUUUGAGCAAGCGGCGCAGAUUCGUGUUCCGACCUACGAAGACUACAGUCUUCACCAAGAGGCUCACACAGAAACUGGAUCCUCUGUGGCACCAGAUUCGUCUCAGGCAGAAUCUGAUCGCGCCACAAAACCUACUCGAUCUUUCAAUCCGGAUGGUACAUCAUCUGAGGUUUCAUUCAUGCCUGGUCAGGCAAUUUCAUCUACCCCUGCUGCCACUAUGCGACAACGAUCGCAAAGAGGUCACGACAGUUUCAGUCGUAUGUCAGACGAGACACCUUCGUGGAGUGCUUCAUUGGAGUCUCCAUUAAUUCGCCUGGACCGGGAGAUCCAGAGUUUAGGACAAGACGAUGCUGUCUCUGUCGCCUCUUCUUCGCUUGCUCAACUGUCACUGCGCGAUGACCAAUCAAUGGACAGUGAAGCGGACAUAACCCAAAGACCAGUUCAACAGCAAGGAGACGAUACCUUCCUACAACAACAGUCAGAGAAAUCUAAAGGCAAAGGCAGGGAAUCCUCCCAGCCACUUCUUCACAAUGUACUCCUCCGAAAUGCGAGUUCAGUCGAUACAUCCAGCACACCUGGCCACAGUUCAAUCUCGCCUUUGAAGUUGAAAGGGAAGACCCCGAUUCUCAAGAAACUCAAUCCAUACCUUCCGCCAGAUGCCAACCCAUCCGACUGGCAAGGUAUUGUGGACCUCAAGGAUCCCUCCAUGCGAUCACCAGUCCGAGCUGAACCGUCACCUGCCAAAAAUCAACGAUUCACAUUCCACCCUCCUUCGACUACCAAUACAGUCACGAAGGCGAACUUCAAGCGUCCCGCAACUCCUCGUCGAACGAAGCCCGCUGAUGACGACGACUCAUUUGAAGAUGGGUUUGGCAUGUCUCCGCCGAUUACGAUGGAUUUUGCCCGUCUGCCUAAGCUGGGUCAAACACCGAGGAAAGAAGCUGCGGCGAGGAUUAUGAACAAGCUAUUGGAUGUUGAGAGACGAGGUGUAUUUGGUGGUACUGGGUCUGCAACUGGAACUAAUACUCGGGCGGGAACUGGCAAAGGUACAACGGAGAUACGAGCAAGUGGACAGACAACGACGGAAUCGAGUAUGAGUUCAAUGGUCACGCCGCCUUCGCUUUCGCGGUACGUUCAACCUGCGGAGACGAGCCACAGUAGUGUCGUCGAUGCUAGCUUGGAGAGUUUAAUGCGCAGAGUUGGUUCUGGGUUCGAUUAUGGUCAAGCAAGGCCGCAGGCUAGCGUAAUCCCCAGUUCUACAAGUUCCUAUCCUAGUGCAACGACAAUCAGGAACCCUGAAAUAUCCCAAGCUUCAUCGUCAUCAGCUUCUCACCCCACACUAUCUGCACAUUCCCAGCCUGAGGAUUUGCCAAGGACGCCCGAGUACCCUCAUUUCAACAUGAUGCACCUUAAAGACGACGAGUUACAACCGCCCAACCAGAUGGAUGAUGAUGACUUUUCCUCAGAUUCGCUCGACGCAGAAGAGUUGAAUGACACGGCAAACCCUUCAGCAGCCUUCAUCCUGGCAUCUCAGCGCGCUUCUUACGACGACGAUUCAUCCUUUGAGAGUAACGACUCUCUAGAUGCGGACGACGCGGACUUGGCUGGCCUCGGUCUAGGAGAAGCACCCGUCCAUCCCUUCGCCCGCGGCCUCUCAGCCGAGGAAAUCGAGAGUAUGGAGAACGCCGGGUUCGAAGAUUCCUUUGACGACGAUGACGAUCCUAUCUAUGCACAACAAGCUGAAGAGACGGAAGAGGAGACAUUGUUCGGCGUCCCCCCUGCUCAAAGAUUAGAGAUUCAGGCGCGGCAGGAAGCUCAGAGGCAACAACAACAAUUGAGGAUGCUUGGGGAACAUUUGUUGGAAGAUACAAUGGGUAUUGGGGCGCAGAUGGCUGGUGCUGGCAGGAUAGAGGAGACGCCUACGCCGUGGAUGGGCGGGCGUGGCGCUUGAUGGACAAUGGAUUUUUUUGUUCUUUUUCUUUCUGAUUUCGGGGUCGAUGGGAUCCCGCUGGAUGUGACGUUGAAGACUACUGCGCACUCCGUGACGUGAAAUGCACCGAAUACCGGGAAUUCGAGGGGACAUACCGCUUCCCCCUUCGCCGGAUAGGAUGCCCCAACAGCCUUCGUGAAGGGUGAACUGAUACAUCAUUCACCUUAUGGCGAUUCUUCAGUCGGGUUCGGGUUCGGCAUGGUCAAGAUGACAAGACGAGCAGGAUCCUAUUGUUCUCAUUCCAGAAGGGGACUCGGACGAACUUGAACUGCAUACUUAUAUAUCAAGCAUAUAUGCAGCCUGGAGAUUUCAUCGUGAUAAGCUACAAGGGUAUCAUGCGAUGCUAAUCUUGAUAGUCACAAGAUCGAGGCUAAGCGUCCGGAGUGGCGUGUGGACCCACAAAGCGAGCAAAAAGUCCAGGAUGGAAAUUCUUUACCGAGACUCCCGAACGAUCCUCCGACAAUUAUUGGAGCUUGUUGGAGGACAAUAGGAAACCCACUAGAACUAUUCUCAGGAUGACAGCAUCGAGAAGGAGAACUUCGUACACAUGUGAAUACGAUUCCGAACAAGGUGUUCUCGCAAUCAACUUUCGUUCUACACGACAUCGACAUUGACAAGCUGAGAAUGUCUUGGAGUACAGACUAGUACAGGGCAGUACAAACCUUCCUGAUGUCUUCAAGAAUGGAAGCCCUGCAUACCAAUGAGGUAACGCCAUUGGGCGAUUAACACACAACGUCAAAACUUCCUGCCUUCGAAUACGUAUGCAGCCGCCCGGUAUUGUGCAGGCUGCGAUUCCUGUCUUCUGACAUUAACGCGUCCAUAUGCAUUCCGGAUUGUAGCCC